CAGUACACUCACAUGCAGUCAGAAGUGGCAUUUCUCAAUGCACUCGCACAGGAUUCACACACCGAGCUUCUGAUCGAGGACAGCAGUGAAAAUGAAGGGGUAUUUGGGCUUUUUUAUGCUGGUCGCUGCCCUCACGGCCUACAUGUGGAGAGAUACGUUUGAUCCAGAGUCUGUUCGGGGGGCCCGAGUGCUGAUCACAGGGGCCAGUUCAGGGAUUGGGGAGCAGAUGGCCUACCAUUAUGCAAAGUUUGGAGCUCAGAUCGUCAUCACUGCCAGACGAGUAAAUGCUUUAAAAACGGUGGUGCAGAAGUGUGAGAAACUGGGCGCUCAGAAGGUGAUGUAUGUGCCCGGAGACAUGUCUGACCCCGCCGACCCCGAGAGAGUCUUUAAAUACGCUGUGGAAAACCUGGGGGGGCUGGACUUUCUAGUGUUGAAUCAUGUUGGAAACAUGAAUAUUGAACUCUGGAAUGGAGACGCAGAUCACGUCAGGUCACUCAUGCAGGUGAAUUUUGUGAGUUUUGUGCAAAUGGCCGCAGCAGCUUUUCCUGUUCUGGAAACGUCUGGUGGAUCCAUCAUUGUAGUGUCUUCACUGGCAGGUAAGCUGGCGAGUCCAUUUGUGGCUCCAUACACCUCGACCAAGUUUGCUAUGAACGGAUUCUUCGGGGCGCUGCAGAAUGAACUGGCAAUCAAGAAGAGCAACGUGUCUGUUUCCAUCUUGAUCCUCGGACUGAUAGACACAGAAGCAGCCAUGAAUAAGAUCAAAGGAUUCAACACGAUGACCGCCUAUCCUGCCAGUGAAGCUGCUCUGAGCAUCAUCAAAGCCGGGGCGACCCGUCAGAAGGAGGCCUACUACCCCUGGUUCCACUACUUCACCUGCCUGAUCAAUAACAUCUUCCCCUUCGGGAAGGAUAUUCUGCUAUCAAGCCUCAGUGCGGAGAAUAAAGAAUAAAACAUCUGCAUAGUUCAGACAUUAAAGCAACUGUAUGUAAGGUUUUUACCUUGAAAUAUCAGUUUCAAAAUCAUUCCAUACAUCUGUUCUGAGAAUGUGUAAGUUGGUUGAGCGGAUCAGAAAUUCUGCAAAAAAAGCUGAUAGCUUUACACAGCAACAAAUGCAUGUGUACAGCUAUCCGCUGUAUUAGGACAGUGAUAUAUUUACCACACUGAAUUCCACUCACUUAACAUUAGGAAGUGCGAAAGUCACAAAAAUCCAUAAAACUACAUACAGUUGCUUUUACAAACAGGAUUUUCAUUAUUUCCUAAGAACAUAUGCAUUGUGAUGAAUUAAUGUGCAUUUGAGGCCAUUUUUACGUUUUAGAAAUUAAAAGACAGCAGGUUAAAAGACUAUGCUUUUGCGAUUUGAACUUGCAAAUAGUUAAUUGUAUUCAGUUUAUUAAACACUGCAUCAGUUUGUGA